AUGGAGGAGGUUGUCGAGUUGCAGCAGCAGCAGCGUGGGACAGUUCACCUUGUGGAAUCAGUGAACAAGAGGCUCCAAUCUGUGGAGCAAAAACAGAAGCAGAUGGUCUCUUUCUUCACGAAGAUGGUUCAGAACCCAUCAUUCAUAGCGAAGCUUAAGCAAAAGGUGGAACAGAAAGAAAUAGGCUCGUCAAGGGCGCGGAGGAAAUUCGUGACUCAUCAGCAACACGAAGCUAGUGAACCUGAUUCUUCCAUGGAAGGGCGGUUAGUGAAGUACAGUCCUGGUUUGAGAAACCUGACCAUACCCUCUGGAUGCCCAGAUUUGAAUCCAUUUCUUACCGAACAAGAUGAUAUAACAGCAAUGCAGGUAUUUGGUAAAAAUCUAGCAGGCGAAGGGGCAUCAAGCAUGCUAACUGAAGAUCCCCUUUUCAAAGGAAAGGGCAUUCUGAGCCUACAGCAAGAGGUUGGUCCCGAGUAUUAUGUUUCUUUCCCGAAGGAUUUUAUGGAGAAGAGUUUCCCAGAACUCUUUUCCACAGGCAUGGAAACCACCAGCAAACAGGAGGAUAUAUGGAACAUGGGUCUUGAUGCUGCUGGUGGUGGUAUGUCUAGUGGUGGCAAUGAGAUGUUGGAUUCUCCGGCGACCUAUGAAGCGCUGGAGCUUGGAAUGAUGAGCGGGAUGUUCGAUUUGUGGGACUUGGGUUCAUUGCAGGUGGAAGGAGGUUCUGGAAUCAACAAGUGGCCAGCUGAUGAAGCACUAUUUGAUCAACCCGCAAGUCAAGCUGGUCAACCAAAAGAUAUUAUCUAAAAAAUAUGGCUAAACAUUAGUAGAUAGAUUUUUUGCUUGUGCAUUUGAUGCACUUGCUGGUCCCAGUUAUUGUGGUUUGAUUGGACGAUUUAUUUAUAAUAUAAUUCGUUUGUAGUUAGUAAUUUCCCAAGUUCAGUUUUUGUCUUUAUUACUAGAUUUCUCCCUCUAAUUGUUUCAGUAGGAGAUGAUAACUUAUGUGAAUAUUGCCAACAUUUCAUGAAGGUACAGUUAUUUAUAAUCUGCAAUUUAUCAUAUUCUUGCUUACAAGUAUUCUUUAAGUUGUGGAAACUGCAGGAAUGUGAUCUGAUUCUUGGAAGAGAGCCUCGUGCAUCAACUGGGGUUUGCUUUGCUUAUUAUACUAGAUUGCCUUCUCUGGCAGGUAUGGAUCGUAUGGUUUUCAUCCGCUCUUUAUAGUCUUCUUCAUCUUCUUUUUUUUUUUUUGGAAAUGUUUCAUCAUGACCUUGGAAUUGACUAAUGGCUCCAGUUUUGAUGCCAAAUUCUAUGCAUCUUUAAGAGGUAAGCAGGUAUGGUGUUGGACGGUUGGUGGUGAAAUUUCAGAAGACAUUCUUUUGGAAACUGAUAUGGCUUCCAAAUGACAUUCAAUUAGUGCCAAUGGAGUCCCAUUUGAUACGGUGAAAUGCCCACACCUACUUUUUGGACCUCAAUAGGACGUAUCAGAGUACAAUCACCGACCCUUAUACUAAAAAGGGAUGUGUGUGUGUGUGUGUGUGUGUGUGUACAUAUAUAUUUGGCGGUC